AUGUCCCCGAGGAGGAAGUACCACGCCAGCGGGCUGAGCCAGCAAGGGGAUGACGGAGAGGGUUUCUUCGGCUUCCUCUUCCCCGACAUCCACCAGGAGCUGCAGCGGGUGGCACAGAAGACGUGCUGCAUCUGCUGGCAGCAGGGCGCCUCGGUCACCUGCCAGGUCCGGAGAUGUCCCCGAAACUUCCACUUCCCCUGCGGCAUCGAGCAGGGCUGCGUCUCUCAGUUUUUCGGGGAGUUCAAGUCCUUUUGCUGGCAGCACCGGCCGGCACAGCGACUGCGAACACCGCAGCAGGGCCACAGCCCGUGUGUCAUCUGCCUGGAGGCGGUGGCGAGGCGGCCCUGCUACAACACCCUGGUCUGUCCCGCCUGCACCAGCGCCUGGUUCCACCGCCGCUGCAUCCAGGUGGGUGGCAUCGCCCCCCAGCAUCACCCAAAUCUGUGGGGGGGGGGUACCUGGGACCUUCCCACCCCGCUGAUGCCACCCCUGCCCCAGAGCCAGGCGCUGAGCUCAGCCCUGCACCAUUUCCGCUGCCCGCUGUGCCAGGACAUGCAGACCUUCCAGGAGGAGAUGUUUCGCCUGGGCAUCAAAAUCCCCGACAGGGACGCUGCCUGGGAGGAGGACGGGGCUUUCGAGGAGCAUUACCAGCGGCAUAGAUCCUGCGACGCCAGCCAGUGCCUGUGCCCGGUGGGACGGGAGCAGUCAGAGGACACGGGGUGA